AUUUAAUUUUUUACAAUCUUAUUUCCAAGCGGCAAUUUAUUUGCGCGCCUCAAGUAUUUCGGCGAAAAUUCGCGAUAUUUCGAUUAAUCGAGGAAUUUUAUACAGUUGUAUUCUAGCCAACUGCGAAGCCCUCUCUUCGAAAAUUCGCAUCCAAGGGAAAAUCGAUUGCGUCCGACGGCUGGACAUUCGUCUGACUUCAGAGAUCAACCCGAAAGUUUCGCGUUUCAUAAUCCGCGACAAAGUAGCUUAUCAGCCGUGGACUUUUGAUUUCGCAAAAGGAGAAAACGAUGCCCGGCUUGGAGAGGAUUAAUCGCUGCGGCCGUCUGAUCGAGGGAGCGCGGAGGGAUUUCCUGAAAUAUUAUCUGAAAAAAUGUCCGACCCUAUUUCACAUCUGCUACGAUCCGAUCGGCACCCAUCGGAAAGCGAGGGCCUUCAUCGGAUUUCUCUUCGGAUUUGUCGCAGCUGUCGUGUUGUACGAGGGCAUAAUCGUCAAUCUACAAUUUGACACGUAUACCAGCAUCUCUCUAGGAGCCAUCCUUGUCGCGAUGCUAUCGAUAGGAUGCGCAUCAUCGAUACAGAUGAGGUGCAUCUGUCUUUUGACAAUACCGACCUUCCUCGGCCGAUCCGGACACAACGUUCUGAGGGCUCUCAUUCUGGGAUAUGUAAUAGCGGGGCCGAUAUUCAAUCUGACGUACAACGGUAAAGAAGUGGUGAGGACUUUCGCUUGCACGACACAGUUGACGUACAACCUGACCCAAACACGCUUCGAUCUCAUGUUCAAGCCAUUCCAGCAGGCGGUGCUCGCCAUGAAAGCGGAUGCGAACGAGCUGAAGGAUACUUUAUCUUCGGUGAGAGAUUUGAUGAGUCCGAUAGUCGAGGAAAUCGAGGGCGAAGAGGAGAUGAGGAGGCUGAAAGAGGAGAACGACUAUUUGGAUGAGCUCCAGGACGAUACGAGGAGGAGCGACGAGAUCGAAGAGAAACAUGAGAACGAGAUCGCGAACGCGAGGUCCGAGGCGGAUGUUUACGAGGCGAAGUACAAGAGGAAGAUCGAGGCGCGCUGCGAAGAGCAGCUUAGCCACGGUGCCGAACGGUGCAGGGAUAUGUUUGGUGACGCUUACGACAAGUGUUACGACACAGUGACAAUUUUCGCGGCCUGGCUGUUAUGUUGGCCAAUGAAACUCACCUUCGUGUGCAACUUGGUGCAGGCUCUCGGCGGUUCCAAUAUCUGCGAUCCCGAAGGAAAAGUGGACGCCGGUAUCGGCGAGGGUUACGUCGCUUUAAAAAGAGCCAGGGAUGCGUUUAGCAAGAGUCUCAAGGACGCGAAACUUCAGUACAGAGUGAGAAAGAUGCCGGUGAUCCUCGACCUUCAUGACGCCACGGACGCUGCCCAGGCUGUGAUGCACGAAUUCAACUCACGCAGAAGAGUCUUUGAGUCGGUGAUGAUGAUUAUCAAAAGAUGUCUGUCCUUCGUCUUCUUGAGAAUCAUCGUAAGUGCUCAAACGUAUCACGAGAAAUAUCUGUCCGAGAUCGAGCAUGACAACGUAUGUGUUACUUCGUACUUCCGCAAGAUCGACGCGAGACGAAAGGCUCGCGGUAGUCUGACCCUACUGCCACUGAAAAAGAUCGAGAGAUCGAAGUUUGUAGAUCCAUACAGUCUGCGACCGGGCGAAGUCGAGCGGGUGAAUCUGACCGGCCAAACGGUGAAGUUGAUCCUUGAGAUGAUCAGCGUGACAACGUUUAUAUUGCUGGACAGGCUCUUCUUCGAGGCGCUCGAUUUGGUCAGAAGACACUCCCACAUGGAAUAUACACAGGCGGGUCAUCACGACAUGACCUUGGAGGUUCGUGGUAUCGGAGUGAUAGCUUCUCUGAUACGAAGCGUCAUCCACGGAUUCAACGUGAAGAGGCGAGUUAAGACCGUGGUGUCCAACAGCGCCUGUUUACCGAGGGCCAGCAGAGUACCGAAUUACAUAAUCCUCAAGAUCUACUUGAUCUAUCUAGCCAUUUGGCUGUUGCUGCUCACCACCGCUUACACCCAGCGACUGCGACGCGUCAUCUGCUCGUUUUUCUACAGAAAACGCGAGAAGAGGCGUGUGCUGUACCUCUACAACGAGAGCCUCAGGCGCAGACUCGGACACGCCAGGUUUAUGCGAGCCAGGAUCAGGACUCUGGUCAGGACUCGUCGACUGGAGUACGACUUGGAUCCUUGGGUUGCUCUGAGGCUGCGCUGGCCGGCGCUUUGCGGUUGGUUGACGAUCUUUGCCUGGGCACGUCAAAAGUGCCUCGUCUGUGGCGAAGUGGAGCCGAGGAGAGGUUCGCAGUUCCACAGAUGCACGACACCCGGGUGUCCCUUCGUUCAUUGUUCCGAGUGUUGGGACGACAUCGGCAGAAUUUGCUAUGCUUGCGCGGACAUCGGCGAGACGGACGAUGACACGGACGAGUUUGACACACUCGUAACAAAGUAAAAGGAGAUUUGUAGAUGCGAUGGAGCUCGUACAUGUCUCAUUUGAUAUGCAGCCUAUUAUAUUGGUGUUUAUGACGUGAUAAAUACCGACACUAUCAAAUCAAUCAAAUUUGUAUAAUGUACCUUUUACUUCACGCAGCCACGUGAGGGAAAAAACCAGCACAAGUUGAGAAUUUUAUGAUUAUCUGCUGGAUGUUUCCAAAAGAAACCUACAAGCUUGAUGAGUACUAAUGAGAAUUUUCCGUGCUUGUGUAAAUAAUGUUUUUUUGUAAAGUAUACGUAAAAAAUACGCAAUAUAAAUUUAAUUAAUUUGAUAAUAUCAACGUUUCAUAACAGUACAACGCAUUAUAGAAACGUUAUCUGUGUAUGUACACGUACCGAUAUUUAUUGAUCAAUUUAUAAUUGGAUUACAUAAUCUACAUAAAAAAUGUCGGUCCCAAAAUGGAAUCCAGUUCCACAUUCAAUUUUAAAUGUAUGCAUAUUUUUUACAUUACUUUCAAAUUCUACUUCGUGCAUCAAACACAGUGAAAAGUCACUCGAUUUCCUUAUUAUGUGCUCUCUGAAGUUUUUGAAGUGAAAAUAGAACCAUGGAGUGAGAGAAUAUCUAUUCCAAGCGGAUACUUCGCUCCAUGCUUCUAUUUUCACUCCAAGAACUGUAGAAAGUAUUUCUUAUCUCUUAAGUAGAAAGUAUAUCUUAUCGUAACUAUCUUAAAAAGGCUCUCGUGAAUAAAUCUAGAAAUUUGAAUAGGCAAUGUGAGUUAAACGCAAGAUGUCGUGCUUAUAUAUCUUUAAUUUAAUUAGAGUGUAAACUACAGAAAAAACUUCUUAUCGUAUCGUGACCCAGCUAGAAAUGACGAUCGAUGUCGAAACGAUGUCGAAUCGACAUCGGCACCGUCAAAUUGAUGCCGAAUCGAAGUCAAUGUCGAUGUUGAUCCGACAUCGUUUCGACGAAUCAUUUCUCACUGGGGACGUUUCCUUAAAUUUUAUUACUAGUUUAUAUAAUGAUUUACAUUAGUCGAAAAAAGUUUUUUGUCACGUCACAAAUUAAAAUAUCUCGUUCAAUGAUAGCCAUUUAUCUUCGCGUUAAGAUCUUUUCCGAGUACUAAAAUAGGUGAUUAGGAUUCAAAUGAGAAAAAUAUCAGACGAUUCCGUGCACUACCGAACAAUGAGGAUAAACGCGAUGAGAAAUACGGAAUGUAUCAUAAUGCAUGUAUAUUAUGCACAACAUUUUAUUUGCAUAUCUAUAAAUUCUAAUCGUCAGAAUCGCAACUAGAUAGAAGGCCGAUAAGACAAUUAACGUUGUGUUAUAAUAGUUUUGCAGCGUAUAAUAUUCUAUCCACGUCAAUUCCUGAUU